AUGAUAUGUUGGAGAUCUUUUUACCAAUGUUUUUUUUUAUUGGCUUACUUUUACCUGCGACUAUUCGAGCCCGCGGGCUCCGGAACGAUGCGGCAGAGUCGACGGCGCCUCAUGGCUGUGAGGUACGCAUGGGAAAGGGGGAAACUGCAGGAGGAGGAAGGGGGACAAGGGCGCGGAUUCACUUCAUUGUCGAUCGCUCAACCCCACACCACACAACCCCCAGGAUACGGGCCUGGUUGGUGGCUGGACCAACCACAUUCUUGUCCAUUUUCGGUUCUCAAAUGUUUGAAAGAGGAAGAAGAUCUCCAAGAGGUCAUGGAGGACCUGGCGAUACCCUCACCCUUGGCGUUGAACGGAUACUGGGCUGCACUCUUGUUGUUUUCUGCCUUUUGUUUUUCAUCAUCUGUUACUUUGUUGCGCGCUCAUCAUGUCGUUUCCGCCCGUUGGGAAUUUCCACCAAAAGGGUCCUUUUUCUUAGAUGACGAACCAGAGGUUGGUGCCUUGGCGGCACACCUCGCAAAAACUCGACCCUGUUCCCAAACCGGGAGGGCGACUUGUACUACUAGCUUCCACACACGAUGA